UUUACUUUUGUAACUACUCAGUUUAUAUUUCACAUAUUAUACACGACGAAAAUUAAUAGUUUGAGCUUUGAAACAGGACCAUGGCAGAUGAAUACGAGCCAAAUGCAUUGGAUCGCGAAUUCGAAAGUUUCUUUAAAAAAGUCAGCUGCUUUGUGGUCACAGGUUUCCCCUACGAAGAUCGGUGUGCGUUUGUAUUGAACGCCACAAGUUGCAUAGCCGGCACGAAUUUUGUGCCCUACAUGCGGAUAAUGUCCUGUGAUAUUGGCGUUCAGAACCAGUUCCAAGAGCUGGUCUUUGUCAGUGUGCUUUUGUUGCUGUGCUUUGAGCUGCUGCUCGGCAUGGCCGUAGUGGUCAACUCUUACUACAGCCCGGCACUGAAGGUGCUCUCCCGCUUGUGCCGAUUGAACGAACAUUUAGCUGGAGUAACAUUCCUAGCAAUAGGCAAUAGUACGCCGGAUAUGUUUUCUGAUUUGUCGGGAUUAGAUGACGUAUCGCCAGUGGUUGCUAAUACAUUUUCGCUCGCAAUGUUUGUUACAAUAUUCACUGGAGGACUAAUCUGUUACAUGAGUCCUUUUAAGAUGAAUAAGCACGCCACUGUGCGGGACAUACUCUUCUUUAUUCUGGGUGUGUCGCUCCUGGAAUAUGUUGUUACGACGGGUAAUGAAGUCACGUUAACAGAGUGCAUUUUCAUGUUUGUGGUAUACUUUAUGUAUCUGAUUGUCAACUUUGCGGAUGUGUAUCUUAUGCGUGCAACCAUGCGGCAUAUGCUUCGACAAAUAAUCGUACUCGAAAAGCAGAACCUGACACCAGAGUUGAAAAAAAAAUUGGAAACGUUACAAAAGAAAUAUAAUUACUAUGCCGAGGACGAGCACUUUCAAAUAUUACAAAGGCGAUCGAGAGCUUUUUCGUUUAAUACCGGAGGGAACUCUGAUCGAUUCACCUUUUCAACGAGAAAAACUGAUAUUCCUAGACAUACCGUGGACAUACAUGGCAAUCGAAAUGUUUUUCAUAGUUCCACAGUACCUAGAAAUCAUCGACUGUGCAAAGAUUUUCUUGAAGCACUUAAUCCCAUUGAUGUGUACAACUGGAAAAAGGCCAACCUCUCUCUGCGUGCAUUUUACGUGGCCAAAGCGCCCGUUACAGUUAUCUGUGUGCUUUAUAUACCACUAGUUGACUACGAGCUGGAUAGGCACGGCUGGACCAAGCUGCUCAAUUGCAUACAAAUCUUUCUAAAUCCGGCAAUCACGCUUAUCGUUGGUCAAGCAUUUAUUUUCAGAGACAAAGGCACACUGUGGUAUAAUAGGAUUCGCCAUACCUAUCAGUACGGUCUAUACUCUUGCAUUGUUACAAUCCCGUUGGCAUUUAUCGUAUUCUUGCACUCUCGCACCACUGUUCCACCAAGCUACCAUUGGGUAUACACCAUUAUGAAUUUGACGGGUUCUAUGUGUCUGAUCUUUCAGACUGCCAGCGAAAUAUCCGUAAUUUUGGGUGUUAUUGGCAGUACCUUGGAAGUACCCAACGACUUUAUGGGUGUCACUGUAAACACAAUUGCCAAUGGCUUGAGUGAUGUAGUAGCUAAUAUGGUCAUGGCCAUGCAAGGCUAUGAAAAAAUGGCAUAUGCUGCAUGCAUUGGCAGCCCAUUCUUUAAUGUGUUGCUCUCCCACGCUGUUAUGUUUAUCACUAUGAAUAUCCAAGGGAAGAAGGGUAAUAUUGAUGCUCUGAAUGGACUCUAUGGGGAAAAUUCGUAUAUAUUUUUAAACUUGUCGCUCUUUCUAACAUUGCUGUGGACAUUAAUCUUAAACUUUGAAGCUCGUCGUUCAGUUGGUGCAUUCUCUAUGGCCAUAUAUAUUUUAUAUAUUUUAUUUUCAAUAUUCAUCUAUCAGGGAGUUAUACACUCAUAUAGCAAAGAUCCGACUGUUCUCGAUACUUUUGAUAUAGACGAAAACAUAUGAGUAAUAAAAAAAGCAUAUGAACGACUUAAUAUUCUUCUU